AUGUUUUUUCAUCAUCCCCUUGCUCUUCUUACGUUUCCUCAACAAAUAUUGCGAGGUUUAUUGUGCAAAUGGUCGCUCGUUCAAUAAACUCAAGUGUUUUUUAUACACUAAUUUACUUUAACAUCAAAUUUAUAUCGUAAUAUUCGUUCACCGAUUGUGACCAUCGCUAACACCACUUAGUAAUUACAUAUUAUUUCAAUUAUAUCGUAAUUAAAAAUGGUUAAAUUAAUGAAAAAAUUUGUUGUCGGUGACAAAGUAUUCGCUAAAGUUCGAGGUUACCCGCCUUGGCCAGCUAAAAUACGAAAGUUACCGGAUUCAAAUAAAAAGAACGGGAAAUACGAGGUGUAUUUUUAUGGAACUGGUGAAAAGGGUGAAUGUACUAUUGAUAGAAUAUAUGAGUAUCAUGACAAUAAAGAUAAAUAUGGCAAGCCUAGCAAAGCUAAAAAAUUUCUCGAAGGCAUGCAGGAGCUUGAACAAGACCUUGAUAAAGACGAAGAUAAAACUCCAUCUAUUACUGAAACUAAAGAAACUGCUGCUGCUGAUGAAUCAGAACCAGAAAAUAAUCAAACGACAACUGAGCCCUCUGCAGGUGUCCAAUUAGACAGUGAUUUAGAAACGGGAGCUUUGGUAAUUGAUGAAAGUGAUAAAAAGAAGUCUUUAAAACGUAAAUCUAUACUUAAUAUAUCAAAUACUUCCGAUGCACCAGAAACAAAAAAAAAGCGUGGUCGAGGUAAAACAUUAAUGACACCAGUGACAGAAGCAGGAAAUGAUUCUCAAGGUGAAGAAACAACUGGAAAAGAAGUUGUAAGUCGCAGUGGUAGAAAAAUAAAACCUAAACGUUUUGCUGAUUUUUCUGCUGAUGAUGAAUAUGAUUUAGAAACUACUGGACGUGCGAGAGGGCGAGUUAACAAACACGAAGAGUCUAAUGAAAAUAUAUCGACACCGUCAAAUGCUAAAAAAAGAAUGAGUAUAGAAAAAGACGACAAAAAGCUCAUGAACAAGGAGAACACAAAUCAUAAUUUAAAAGUCAAACAUUAUACUAUGGAGAAACGGUUAUUAGAAUUAGAUGCUCAAAUAAAGUCAUGUUUGUCUUUAGAUCAGGCAGAUACUGAUAAGUGUUUACGAGCAAUGGACGACAUACUCGUUCUUUCAGUAGAUUCGCUGGCGCUAAAAAAACAUUCUCAUAUUGUUGAAACAGUUAAAAGGUUAAGAAGAUAUGUUGGUAAUUUAUCGGAGUGGUCUUUGUCUGACGAAGCUAUUAAAACGUUUAAACAAAAAGCUGAACAAAUAAGACAAAAAGCUGAAGGAAUAUACAAUAAAUUUAAAGAAUUGUUUACUAUUCCGGAUGGUCAAUCGUUUUGGCAAACAUUUUCAGAACAAGUUAAUCAGUUUAAAGAAACUACGAAAAAUAUGUCAGAUGAAAAAAUAUUUUCACUUAUGGCUGAUCCAACGAAUUCUGAAGCUGGAAAUGUCAAUGAUGUGUCAGGUGAUGAAACAAUCACCCAAAAUGAUGCUGCAGCUGAAGGAGAUUCAUCAAUUGAAGAGACAUCAUCUCCAAACUCCAAGUAACAUUCACCAAUUAAAUAACGAUAAAUAAAUAAAUAAAUAAAUAAUUAAUAAUAAUAAAUAAAAAUAAAAAUACACCAUCUCUGCCGUUAGCAAAUCGUUAUUCGAAUGAAUGGUCUUGAAGUUUUCCAAGAUAAAUAAUAUUCAUAUAUUAUGAAUAUAUUUAUAUUUACAUGAACAUUAAACAAAAGAUAUUCGAGCUACUUCUUUAAAUCGUAAUAAUCAAUCUAAUUAUUUUAAAAUAAAUAUAAUAUUUAUUUAUCUUCGAUAACUGAGUGACGUUUGUUCCAAGGACAAUUUACGGCAACACCAUUAGCUGAGCGAUAUAACGCACAAUUAAAUUGGUGAAAUAAUUAAAUUUAAAUAACUUGAUAAAUGAUUUAAAAAUCCCGCGAUUUUUAUUUAAUAAUUAUAAUUAUAAUAAUUGUAAUUAUUCUAUAAAAAUUUUAUUACCGCAAGUUCAUUUUUUUUUU